CGGUACACAACAAGACAUUAAGAUCACGAGAUUUUGUAAUGACAUGAUAGAUGAAAUUUAAAAUCUACUACUUAGUCUAGUCUGUGGUGUGGUUGUUCUCUCUGUGUCUGUGCUGUGCUGUGAUUUACAAAUUAGAAAAUUUUAGUAUUAAAAAAUAUUGAUGUUUUAAUUCCAAUUAUUUUUAAUCGAGUGGAUGGUUUCAAUACCAUUUAAAAUUGUUUCUAUUAACAUGGUGUCUAUUAUUGAAUUGGUUGUUCGAUUGUGAAUGGCUGGUGUCAAAGUACAAACAUUUAAUGAAUGAUGCAGUCAAUUUUCUGGACAGGCAGAGUGCUAUCACGUGCUUUAAGAAAUGGACUUUCAAGUCUUUCAAGUGCUGCCGAGUUUAAUAUUUCAAACAAGAAACAUCCCUAUUUAGUUUCCGUAGUAUGUGGUUUUCCAAAAGACAUUGCAAAUGGCAGAACAAGUAAAGGACAAUUUGGAGACGACGCAUGGUUUUCUACCAACUUCAACAAUGCGGAUGUUAUUGGAGUUGCUGACGGCGUGGGAGGCUGGCGUGCGUAUGGCAUCGAUCCGGGCGAAUUCUCCUCGUAUCUCAUGAGAACAUGCGAAAGAUUAGUUCAAAUGGGUCACUUCAAGUUGUCAGAACCAGGGGAUCUCCUAGCUAAAUCAUAUUAUGAAUUACUAGAACACAAGAAGCCUAUACUAGGCAGUAGCACAGCAUGUGUGAUGAUCCUGGACCGAAAUGAAAGUGUUAUGAGGGCAGCCAACAUCGGCGACAGCGGGUAUAUGGUUGUGCGGGGCGGCCGCGUGGUGCACCGAUCUCACGAACAACAGCACUACUUCAACACACCGUUCCAGCUUAGUCUGCCUCCACCCGGCCAUGAUCGGAAUGUUCUUAGUGACAGGCCGGAAUCGGCGGAGACAUCCGAGUUCGCCGUGGAGUGCGGUGACGUCAUCCUGGUGGCGACAGACGGCGUGUUCGAUAACGUGCCCGAGCCGGUGCUGGUGGCGGAGAUGCGGCGCGCGCAGGGGCUCGCCGGCGACUCGCAGCAGCUGCAGGCCGUUGCCAAUUCGAUCGCCUGGAUGGCGCGCAACCUCUCCUUCGACGGCUGCUACAUGUCGCCGUUCGCCAAGAGUGCGAGACAGAACGGCAUAGAUGCCAUCGGUGGAAAACCAGACGACAUAACGGUGCUACUAGCUAUAGUAGCGCUAUGAAAAUGUGUCCAUGUGAUUUAGGUAGAUUUUAGUUUUAGAGACAUCUUUUGAACAAGACACUUGCAAUUUUAAUAUUUUUUUGUGAUUUUAAAUAACGCCAAAAACUUAAUAAAUGAGUCACAUCCAAUAUCGAAGUUAUUGUAUUUCAGCCGUUUAUUCACAAAUAAUAUUUUCCGUACCUGCUUGAUUAAAUAAGUACGCAGUAAGAUCUGAUAACUCAAUUCCAAAAUUUGCUUACUUAAUGACGGGAUAGUACACACUAGUCACAGUGUUACUGAGUUGUAUGCUUUGUUAUAUACGCAUGUCAUUUUAUAUGUAUGAUUGAUAAAUGUAUUGUUUUGUUCCCUAUAGUUAAUUUUAUUUACUGUUUCUUCAGAGAAAUGGGGGCCUAGUGGACGGGGGGAAAUGUAAUAUGGUGAUUAGAAAUGAUAAACAUAUUUUUAAAGAAAUCGUUUUUCAAAUUGCUGUUAUGUUGCUAGUCGAGAAAAAGUAAGUUAUGAUGCUUUGAUAACAUAAUGCAUAAAAUAUGAGAUUCGUGUCCUAAUAUUUUUUCUGAAAAUAUAUUUAUAAAUUAUUAUCAACAGAGUUUUUACGACGCAAGAGUAUGUUAAAAUAUACCUUGCAUUGAUAAUUUCGAAAAACCUUUUAGCAGUUCUUCAAAAAAGUUAGGUAUUGAACGCAAGUUUAAGAAAAUGACAAACAUAAUUGCCUAAUUAAAGUACAACGCAGUCUAUUUUGUAGUACCUAUUAAGAUAAGACAACUUUUUACAAAAUUCACCAAACCAACUUACAGAUUUCACUUAAGUAUAUUAUAAUUUUUAAAGUGAAAAUAAAUUAUUACUCUAGAAAAGAAAGAAUGCAAGAAAUACAUCUGAUUUUAAUUUUAUACUUUAUUUUAAAAAAGCGUUUGGAUUCACAUGACCUUUUACUGAAAAUCUGGGGCUAAAUUGUGUAACUUUUACGCGCUUUCAUUGUACAGUCCGGAAAGAGAUACAUAUUAGUGUGUUAAUUCACAUUGACAUUUUUCUUAAGCUUCGUAGGGAAAAACAAGAUAUAAAAUUAAACCCCCCUGACCCUUAUUAUAAAAGUAGGAGUUGAAUGUAUAAUAAUUUGUGAAUGCUUGUAUGAAGACUGACAUUACUAGUUUUAUGGUUCUUGUUGUUACUAUAGAAUAAGGCCUUACACAGGCAUAUAUUGAUUGAAGGCAAUUUUUUCUGAAAUAUUAUCAUUUUGUAUAAAUUAUUGAGAAAAAAAUGUAAGUAAGUACCUAUAUUGUUCAAGGCUUAAGUUACAUUUUAUAAUAACAUUUCUUUCUAUUGUCUAUGGAUCUAUUACUCUUCUGUCUGCUAAAUCUGAAAAAAAAAGACUCGUUUACAAUAUUUUUUGUUUCUUUUUGUGAAUAUAACUAACAGUUUGAAAGCAUUUAUGAACCAGUAAAAAAUAUGACCCUAAAUAUUAAAUAUAAUCUAACAGCACUUAAUAUUAUAAAUUAGUUUUCUAAAUGAAUGAUUUAUUCACGAGAAUUAUUUUAGACAUAAUGUACGUUUACCGUUCAUACAUACCGUAUCGUACACCGAAUUCCAUAAUAUCAUAUUUGGUACAGAAUUACAUUGGACAAUAUUUAAGCUUAACAAGUAUCAUCUUCAUCAUGUCAGCCGUACGACACCGACUGCUGAACCAUAGGCCUCUCCCAAGGAUCGUCACACUGAUCGGUCCUGCACUACUCGCAUCCAUCGGCUUCCCGCGACCUUCACAAGAUCGUCGUCCCCCUUGUAGGGGGCCUGCCCACUAAAACACCACUUAACAAGUAUACCUUGUGUUAAUACCUAUGUAACUUCAGUAUAGCAUAGUUUCAUUGCAUACGAAAUUAUGCUUCCAUAUUAGUAUCAUAUGACAAUUCAAUAUCUAUUACACUCUUAUUGUGAUUUAAUCAGAAUAACAAGAUAGGUAAUCCAUGAAUUGAUUACAAUCAUUAUAUACUUUCUUCAAUUUUCAGAAUAAUGCAGGUCCACUUAAACAGCUUGUUAACGAGACGGCUUUCUGCCACACAGUCAAAACUACGCCCGAGGCAGUAAAUCUAAUCCAAAUGAUUUUUUGAUUUUAAAUACUCAUAAUUAUGUCUGCUUUCUUGUAACACUGUGGAAAUUCAUAUAAUAGCCUAUAUGUGUAUAAAAUAUAUAUUUCCUUAUAAAUAUGUAGUUGAUCGAACUAGUUUUACCCAGAAUCUGAUGGUUUAGCCUGCUUAGGGGUUUAUAGGGGUGGUUUCUACCUCUAAGGGCUCUUUCAAUUUAUGCGUUUCUUGACG